AGAACAGUUUCCGGUUGCUGGAUGUUUUGGUUGCGAUUUGUCUGGUCUGUCAGCUCCUCUCUUCGUCCGGUUCGGUAAGGUUUGGUUCGGUUCUUCCGUCUCCCUCAUGGCCUCCAGACGGACCGACAGCUUCGACGGGUUCGGUUACCGAGGUCGUGAUGACCCGCAGCACCACUGGGUCAGCACGCCACCGGAUAUCCCGGGCAGCCGGAACCUGCAUCCUGGAGCCCGGACACCGCUGUACGACGAGCCGCAGGCUGAGCAGGGAGGCCCCGGAGCCGGCUACGAGGUUCAGGACCGACCCGGUGUCCCACCUGGAGAGCAGCUGAACCGGUUUGCUGGCUUCGGGAUCGGACUCGUCAGUCUGUUCACAGAGAACGUCCUCGCCCACCCCUGCAUCGUCUUCCGCAGACAGUGUCAGGUGAACUACCAUGCCCGUUGUUACCAUCUGACUCCGUUCAGCACCGUCUUCGUCAUGUACUCCAUCUCCAAGGCUCAGGGGAUGAAGUCUCUGUGGAAGGGGAUGGGCAGCACCUUCAUCGUUCAUGGCAUCACACUCUGCGCCGAAGGCAUCAUCAGCGAGGUCACACCGUUACCACGGGAACUUCCUCACAGCUGGAGCUACAAACAGCUGGCAGGACAUUUACUGCUGAGAGGGCUAACGGCUGUCGUCGCGCUUCCAUUUUACUGUGCGAGCCUCGUUGAGACAGUCCAGAGUGAGAUUGUGAGGGACGAGUCCUCCUCCGGCCUGCUGGACUGCAUCCAUGAGGGUCUGACCCGGCUCCUGGGUGUCGGUGCUCCUCACAGCCGCCGCCUGCUUCCUCUCAGCUGCUUGCUGCUUCCUGUGGCGCUGCACGCCAUUCUGCGUUAUGCCAUCUCCGUAUCCGUCCAGCAGGUGGCACUGUGGCUGCACCAGCGGGGCAGGAAGCGGCCCUUGGACCCCUCAGACCCAUUGGACACCCACUUUCCUGAGCUGGUGGCAAGGUGGGCGGGGUCUUUGGUGGCUGACGUGAUGCUCUUUCCUAUGGAGACGGUGCUGCACCGCCUCAGUCUGCAGGGGACUCGCACCAUCAUCGACGCCACCGAUGGUGCAGUGGCCACAGGAAAUGGCGGCAGCCCGCUGGUUCUGCCCGUCAACACACAGUACGACGGCUUCAGCGACUGUCUGCAUGCCAUCCGCCGAAAAGAGGGCGGGGCCGGGUUCUACCGGGGCUUCGGGGCUCUGCUGAUGCAGUACACUGUCCACGGGGCGCUGCUCGCCGCCGCCAGGACACUGCUCAGGGUUCUGCUGCUGGACGCCAAGACCGCUUAGGGCGUUACCGUGGAGACCGAACCGAGACCGGCCACAACAACAGGACGAUUGGUUGAUGAUCUGCUGACCGACUGAUCCCCUCAGAUCCACCUCCCUAAUGAUGUCACUUCCUGCCUGGGCUGACAGUCUGUUGCCAUGGAAACAGUUUGACCAUCAGCAGCUGAUUGUCAAUAAAACAAAUACACAUGUAAACAAACUUUGAAAAACACAUCAACAACCAGCAGGCGUGUCAGCAGAGGAAGCCGGAGUUUUUCUGUAUAAAAGUGUAAAAAUCAAAAGUUGUUCGUGUGAAAAAGUUGAAGUAGAAUAAAUUAUUUGUGACUCGUUAAAAGAACAAACUGAAA